CAGGCAGGCGAGCACACGCCCCUCCUUCUCUCUUUCCUUCUCCGCGAGUCCGAAAGAGGGAGAGAGAGAGAGAAUCCAUGGAAGGACUGAGCGAAGAAGACAAGCGAGCUCUCCGGGGCAGCAAGUUCGCGCCCCUCCCUUCCUUGCCGCCUUCUUCUCGACCCAGGUUGGCGCAUCCCGGCGGUGCCAUCACGACGAACAAGGCGGCGGCCCUGGCCAAGUUCCUGGAGCGCAAGCUGCAGGAGCCGCGGGGGUUGGCCUCCAUCGACCCUGAUCUCGUCGAGCUCGCCGUCAAGAAUGCCAAAGACUGCGUCACUUCGAGCAGUACCUCAACUUCAGGAAGAAUGAUCAGACAUGUUGGUUCCUUCAAUGAUCCUCAGUAUCAUUUUGAUGCAGGAGAAACUGAAACUAUUACGGAGACGAACAGCGAUAGGAAGAACAAGAAAAUGAUGAAGAAGGAUAAGAAAAAGAAGAAGAACAAGAAGAAGGACGAUAAGAAGAACAAGAAAAGAAAGGUACCAGAAGAUGUUGUACAUAAGAAGUCCAAGAAGAAGAAGAAGAAAUUGUGAUGGGGAAUGAUUUUCAUGGUAGAGUAGAAGCGAAUUGGAGUACAAUUCAGUUGCGCCAAAUUUCAAUCUCCUGGAGAAAACACAAAUGUCGUUUCCUUGGGUAAUUCAAGGAUCUAGGGGCAAAAACUAGGAUAAGUCAAAUGCAAAGGCCUUUUCCCCCAUAUGUGCUGUUUCAUUAAAUUCUUUUGUGACAGUAAAAUAGUUGUUUGCCUGCACAUUUCAGCAGUUCCUCAGGUAACAACUAGAUUUUCAGUUCAUUCUUUUGGAAGGGAUGGUAGUCACAUCUUUGGAAAGUACUCAGGUUUUUGUUUUUGGCUUAUGAAGAGCAGUUUAGACAGCUUCAUUUAACCAGUUUCUAGUUUCCAUGAUGGGGUUUUAUAGGAGAAGAAAUGCGACUCAAUUCAUAGUGCGGGAUAUAUCUAAUUUGUAUGUCCUCGUGCAGGAUAUUAGUUAUGGAUCUCACAUAAACUGUCAUUCGACACUACAUUCAGUCCUCUCAUUUGAGGAGACUUAUCUGAUGUCGGGAAUUAUAAUCAAGAGAACUAUCCUUGACCAGAAA